AUGAAAAUCCUAAGUUGGAACCUCCAGGGUGCGGGGAAUCCCUGGACGGUACGUGCUCUUAAAUUCAUUAUUAAUAAUAAUUCCCCGGAUAUUUUUUUCUUGUCUGAGACUAAAUUAGUAGUUGGUGAAUUUAAUUUUAUCUGUAGAAGUUUUUUUGCUUACAAGUCCUUUAUAGUUGAUGCGGAUGGCAGGAAAGGCGGGUUAGCUUUGUUUUGGAAAAACGAUUUGGUUGUGGAUAUCUCUAAUCAUUCUCACAAUCACAUUGCAUUCCAUUCUCACGACCCUAAGGUGAAUCUUCGAUGGAAAGGAGUUGGGGUUUAUGGCUGGCCCGAAACUAAUCUUAGAAAUCGUACUUGGGGUAAUUUGCGAGAUCAAAAGGAGUUGGAUAUGUUCAGGCUCGCUUUAGAGGAUUGUGACAUUGCUGAUUUGGGAUACUCAGGGGACGCGUUUACUUGGUCGAAUAAUAGAAAAGCUGAUCAGAAUGUGAAAGUGAGGCUGGACAGAUUUUGCGCAAAUCUGAUGUGGCAGGACAGUUAUUUGAAUUGGAGGGUCAUCCAUUUAGCCAAGCACAGGUCUGAUCACAGCCCUAUUAUCCUUAAUACAGAGGUUGAAACGGCUAAAAAUCUGGUUAAACCUUUUCGUUUCGAGCAAAUGUGGAUGACGCACGAGAAGUUUGAAGAAGCUCUCUUGUCGGUCUGGGAUUAUGGUGCUGUCUCUGGCAGUAGGCUUAUGGACCAAAUUUCAUCUUGUGGCGAGGGAUUGAAAGCUUGGGCUUACCUUAAUAUCGGAAGUGUGAGAUUCCAUCUGAAUAAGAAGCUUAAUGCCCUUAAAGUUGCGCAAGACAGCGGAUCUGCUCCCGACUUGGUUGAAGAGGCGCUGAAAAUUCAUAGCGAAGUUGAUGAGCUGCUCGCUAGAGAGGAAAUACUAUGGAAGCAGAGGUCGAGAGCGGAUUGGCUGAGGGACGGCGAUCGCAAUAAUAAAUUCUUCCAUCGUAAAGCUUCUAACCGGAAAAAGAAUAAUUCCAUUUAUCGUCUCAAAGAUGAUGAAGGUAAUUGGCAAGAGGGAGUCGGGCUUCAGAAAGUCAUUACUGACUAUUUCAGUAACCUAUUCAGUAUGUCUCAUCCUUCCAACCAAGAGCAAGUGGUAAACAGUAUCAACUCAGGUUUAUCAAUGAACCAAGUGGAUAUGCUAAACAGGCCGAUUAUAGAGGAGGAAAUUCGAUUAGCACUUAGACAAAUGGGUCCAACUAAAGCGCCGGGUCCGGAUGGGAUGCCUGCAAUUUUUUACAACUCCUAUUGGCAUAUUGUCGGAGAGGAUGUUGUUAGCUGUGUCCUUGACGUCUUCAAUAUAGGAGUUAUGCCCGAAAGAGUUAACCACACAUACAUUACACUAAUUCCAAAGACCGCUAACCCGGAGACGAUGAAGGACUUUCGCCCUAUAAGUCUAUGUAACGUCGUGUACAAGCUGAUUGCCAAAAGCGCUUUUGUCCCGGGUCGGUUGAUUACUGACAACGCUCUGGUCGCCUUCGAGAUGAUACAUUCUAUGGAUAAGUGUUCUCAAGGAAAAGCGGGUACUGUGGCUCUCAAACUAGACAUGAGUAAGGCUUUUGAUCGCGUCGAAUGGGACUUCCUGCGGAAAUUGAUGAUUAAAAUGAACUUCCCAGUUCACUUUGUUCACCUGAUUAUGGCGUGCAUCUCAUCUGUGACCUUUUCAGUGUUGAUUAAUGGUGCGCCGUGUGGUUAUAUUCAGCCGCAGAGAGGUCUUCGGAAAGGAGACCCCAUCUCGCCGUAUCUCUUUUUGAUAUGUUCAGAGGGAUUUUCUACUUUACUUCGGCAAGGAGAGCGGAGAGGAUCGUUAACAGGUGGUAGAGUUUGUCGAGGAGGACCUAGGAUUAACCACUUAUUUUUCGCGGAUGACAGUAUGUUAUUUGCAAAAGCGACAGCUCGGGAAUGUCAGGACUUAAAGAACAUUAUCAGCUUAUAUGAGCGAGCUUCCGGCCAAGUUGUUAACUAUGAUAAGUCGGAGAUCCUUUUCAGUUCAAGAGUUGCAGCGGUAAACAGAAGGGAAGUUCAGCAGAUUUUGGGGAUGAAGGAGGUGGUGAAAUUUAAGAAAUAUCUUGGGAUGCCAACCAUGGUGGGUCGUUCGAAAAAACCCAUAUUUGAUUUUCUUAAGGAUCGUCUUCAUAAAAGAAUUUCCGGGUGGAAGGAGAAAUUUCUCUCGAAAGCCGGUAAGGAGGUUCUUAUAAAGUCCAUCGCUCAAUCGAUUCCAACGUACAUAAUGAGUUAUUUUGCUCUCCCUGUUACGUUUUGUAAUGAGAUGCAAAGCAUUAUAUCCCGUUAUUGGUGGAGUGGGUCGGAUGACAAGCGGAAGAUCUCGUGGGUAAGUUGGAGUACAAUUUGUAAAUCCAAAGCAAAUGGCGGUUUGGGUUUUCGGAAUUUGCGGGCUUUCAAUCUGGCUAUGUUAGACAAACAGGCAUGGCGGCUUCUACAAUAUCCUUCAUCUCUCUGUGCAAGAGUCUUUCGAGCAAAGUACUUUCCUUCAGAUGAUCUUUGUUAUGCUAAAGCUAAGAGGGGCUCCAGUUAUGCCUGGCAAAGCUUGAUCGAAGGUAAGAAGCUUCUCUUUUCAGGUUUAUCAUGGAGGUUAGGCAACGGACAGUCUAUUGAGAUUAAAAAGGAUAAUUGGGUCCCUUCUUCUCCUUCACUGAAGCCAAUGGGUGUAAUGUCUGUCCCAGAGAAUUGUAAAGCUAAUUUCUUUAUUGAUGAAGAGAAUGCGACUUGGAAUGUUCAGAGAUUGAAGGAGGCGUUCACAGCUCAAGACGUUGAUCUGAUUCUCCAAAUUCCGUUAAGUGAUAGACUCCCCCCAGACAAGACUUUCUGGCCGUCCAAUAAAAAUGGGAUUUACUCGGUGAGAUCAGGUUAUUUUCUAGCUCUCAAUGGUGCAGGUAUUUCUAGUGGGAAUCCUUCUAUCCGUCAUAAUGUCGACCCUUGGUGGAAGAAGAUAUGGCAGCUAUCCAUUUCGGGUAAGGUUAAGCACUUUCUUUGGCGUUUAUGCCAUGGAACUCUGCCUUGUAAUCUCAACUUAGCGAAGAAAGGAGUUGGAGUUCAAUCACUGUACCCUCGUUGUGGUAUCGACGAAGAAUCUGACCUCCAUGCUCUGAAGGACUGUGAUCAGGUUAGGGGUUUAUGGUUGAGGUCCCCUCUGACUACUCGUGUUGAGUGUACCCAGGCUAGUUCAUUCUUAGAUUGGAAGAAUGCUAUGUUUAAUUCUCUAAGAACUGAAGAUCUGAAUUCUUUUGUUAGAGCCGUUGGUGCAUUUGGAAUGACAGGUUUGUCUUCUCAAUCUGACAGAAGAAAGGAUAUAAGACUCGGUGUUACUGAUGUUGCAGGCCAGGUUUGGACUCCUCCUAUCCAUCCCAGCUUAAAAAUUAACACUGAUGUGGCCAUAUCGAUUGAGAGGAAGAUGGAUGUGGUCAGCGCUGUCUGCAGAAACAGCUCAGGUGCUGUUGUCCGAAGUGGAGUUGUUAUGCUCCAUGGUGUGGUUAAUGCUGAAUUGGCUGAAGCAAUGGCGGUGCGAUUUGGUUUGAAGUUUGCUGCUGAUCUCAACGCCCCGGUGCUGGAAUUGGAAUCAGACUCGGCUACUGUCAUCGAAAGGCUGCGUAUGAAGACGAUAGCCAUGGACCAAACUCAGCUGAUUGUUGAUGAUUGUUUAGCUAGCAUUUCCACUCGGAAUGUUAGGUUUAAUCAUGUUCGAAGAUCUUGUAAUCAAGUUGCUCAUGCCUUAGCUAAAUCGGGCAUUUUCUUUGGUAGAGAUUGUUUAUUUGUCGGUGAAAUUCCAUUCCCGGUAAACGAACUUGUAACUCCUAUUAUUUGA